CUUGAUGGGAAAUAAUAAGUGGCUCGGCCCACAUUUCCCAAUUAUUUACGAAGAACAGUCAAACCGGACCUGUUUAAUGAAAUGGAGGAAUAAGAGAAUAUUCCCCGAAGAUGCUCCUCCCCCCUCCUAUAAAAGGAGGGGUGCCCCCAAUGUGAAGGGGAGGCCAUUCACUCACUUAUCUCCUGCCCAAUUCUCUCUCUCACUAGAAUAUUUAUGUAUUUUAUUUUUUCAAAGAAGCUCCAAGCUUCCAUUAAUGACUUCCGAGCCCAUUUCAUGUACCGUGUACAACCCCCGAUAUUAAUAAAAAUCCCCCGUUGGCAAGGUACCGCCAAAAAAGGCCUGUGGUUUUCUCCCGAUUUGGGUUUCCACGUAAAAAUCCUCGUGUUUAUAUUUUGGUGUAUUUUUUAGACUAGUUUAUCUUUUUAGCCAGGCUAAAAACGAUAUACCGGUCGAUAAUUUACACCAUCAUUUUGGCGCCGACCGUGGGAGCUAGAGCAAAAAGUCACAAAUAUUCAAUUUUCUUGAUCCAAAUUUGACAAUGGAAAGAACGGGGGGUUUUCCUUCAAAAAUCCAAAAUGACAAAGAGAAGCCGCCGCCCCACAAAGAGAAGCUGCCGCCGACGCACGAUCUUGUAAAAUUGCCGGCCUCCACCAAUUCGGCCAGCCGUAUCACCAAAAUCGCCGUCACCACCGAAGAAUUCGAUCUCUGCCGCCGUCCUUAGUUGCAGCCCAACUUCAUCCCCCGGUGAAUCGCGCCGUCGCCGGCUCGCCGUUGAAGCCAGCAGCCGGAACUGCCACCACCUUCCUGGCGAGAGGGAGAAAAGUUUUACGAAAAAAAAAAGAGGCGUGAAAUUAGCAAAUUGCCAGAUCCCCCCACCAGAUCCUGUGCGACCUUGGAUUUCCGGCCUCCACCCUUUGGCUCUACCGUCACCAUUGACGUUGCAUGAAGCUACUGCUGAAAUUGCAAGGCCGCCAAGAUCGUCUUCAUCACUAAAGCCCUCACUGCUGUCGCCCUUGAUCGCAGCCCAAUUUCCAGAGACGAUUUGCAUACUCCGUUAAAGAAAAUGGAGGAAAGAAUGGAAGGAAGGAAUGAUCGGGGAUCACCUCUGUCCGAGAAGUCGCGCACUAGCCAGGUCAAGCGCCAUCCUCAAUUCCGUCCGUCGCCACAGCGAUGUGAUCCGCCUCUGGAGGACUUCGUCCAGACUUGCCAUCGCUGCUCAAACCCGCCGCAAUCACCACCACAAUCAACACCAAGACACCGAUGAGGUGAUGCCGGAGCAGAAAAAGAGCUGUACCGGCCCAAUAGAUGGAUUCCCAGCAGUGGAUCCGAUCCACCCUCACUUGAAAUCAGCUUUAUUAUGGGAAGAGAUUACUCGUCAUUUUUUACUGAAAUCUGUCAUCGGCUCUAGGCGAAUAUCCAUGCGCCCAUACUCCCAUUAAGGUCCGCCGCCGUUGCUGAAGCCAACCGCUCCUACACCCAUGCACCGUUGAAGCCAACAUCACCAUUGCUUCUCACUUAAGCCGGCGACUCCACAGCUUUCAGGAAUCUAGGUUCUAGAACUUUCAGGCGUUUCAAAGAUGCCGCCCACUCUUUGUGCUCAGAUGUUCUCGCCGCUGCUCAAUUUCGCAGCCGUUGUUGUCGAGAUCGGCCGGAAGGAUUGUAGGUCAUCUCCGGAUUAACUACCAUUGGUGGCCCCAAACUAUUGCAAGGAGAGCCAUUGGUUCAUUAUCAAGAUUAUCUAUCACUGUCAAAGACAACAGCAAAGUGUGGAUUCACUCAUGGUCAUGGGGAAAAAUCCAAGUGCUUGCAAAUGAGAAUGUUUAUACUCAAAUGUGUUAAAGUGAUAUGUACCAAAAAGAGGACAAAGUGGCGACCUGGCCUGGGGGAAAUAAUGCAAGAUUGAGGAUGGUGGGGUCUAUUCAUUCCAUUAUCUUUUGAAAUACACCAAUUGAGAAACACUCACUACAGUGUUCACGUGCUAUCAGGCCCCACAAUUGAACUGUGACAUAUUCUCAAAGAUUAUUGUCCAGUUGAAUGCACCGAUCACUCUGCGACAAUUUUGGAAAGAAGACUGAGACACAAGCCGAGCUUGGUACGCUGGUUACAACACCGGUCUAGCUCAGUAUUAAAAAAAAGAGGAAGACUGAGACACAGGCCUGGCCUGGCACGCUGGUUACUACACCGGUCUAGCUCAGUAUAAUAAAAAAAUAUUAAAAUAUGUGACACAGGCCCGGCCUGGCACGCUGGUAAAUAUCAUUCUUGUGCGCGAGAUAGGCCAAGAAUGAUAUACACACCGGUCUUGCACAUAUUUUCUCGUAAGUCUGAACCCAAUCGAAUUGGGUACACCGGUGGCUCAGCUGAGCCCUUAUCGGGGACGCCCGAUUUUUCAGGCCCUUUGAACAAGGCACUCCAGAAGUGAUCUCUACAUGACACGAAGAUAUUUGCAUCAGUUAGCCGGGCUAGCAUCGAUCUUCAACAAAGCUGCUGCAACGUACUCAAUUCUUAUUAACUAACGUCGUUGUCGUCUGUAUACUAAUUUUGUCACGCAUCGUUUGCUUGACUCGUAUUAACACUGACCUCGACGAAAUAACUUUUCGAAGCAUCGUUGCUUUAUCGAACUGACAUCGCUCUCGUUACAAUAAUUAUUCGCGCGAAUCUUAAUCACCUAACACCGAGCUCCUCGGUAAAAAUAAUAAUUUUUUGAGCACGGCAUAGGCCGGUCAAAAAAAAAGUUGUACAUAUUAUUUUUGCAGGAAAACCUUCUGAUUUAAGAAAUUAGAGAAUUAAUGAAGACUCGGAUGACUAGCAAUAAUGUCAACCGGUCAAGAAUCCAUAGCACGAAGGUCGAAGAUAGCACUCGAAGGACUUGUUUAAUUACUUUUUCAAGUUGAUGAUUCUCACAACUUAAAAAAGUGGAGGACUUAUUGAUGGGAAAUAAUACGUGGCUCGGCCCACAUUUCCCAAUUAUUUACGAAGAACAAUCAAACCGGACCUGUUUAAUGAAAUGGAGGAAUAAGA